CCGUUUCAUUUCAAGUGCAACAGAAGGGGAAAACUUUGAACAGACUCCGUUAAGACGCACAUUUAAAUCCAAAGUUCUUGCUCGCUAUCCUGAGAAUGUUGAAUGGAACCCCUUUGACCAGGAUGCAGUGGGAAUGCUGUGUAUGCCUAAAGGGCUUGCUUUCAAGACACAAGCAGAUUGCAGAGAACCUCAGUUCCACUCUUUCAUUAUCACUCGUGAAGAUGGCUCGCGGACAUUUGGAUUUUCUCUCACGUUUUUUGAGGAAGUCACUAGCAAACAGAUCUGCAGUGCAAUGCAGACGUUGUAUCAUAUGCACAAUGCUGAAUAUGACAUUCUUCAUACUCCCCCCACCAACGACAAGGAGAGCUGCAGCAGCGCUGGGGACUGCAAUGGCACCUCCGUCUCAAAGCUACAGCGCUUUAACUCCUAUGACAUCAGCAGAGACACGCUCUAUGUCUCAAAGUGCAUUUGUCUGAUUACUCCAAUGUCUUUCAUGAAAGCUUGUAAGAAAGUUCUAGAACAACUUCACCAAGCAGUGACUUCACCUCAGCCACCGCCGCUACCUUUAGAAAGCUACAUCUACAAUAUUCUCUAUGAGGUUCCUCUUCCUCCAGCAGGAAGGUCAUUGAAGUUUUCAGGUGUUUAUGGACCAAUUAUCUGCCAGAGGCCAAGCACCAAUGAGCUACCAUUGUUUGAUUUUCCUGUUAAAGAAGUUUUUGAAUUGCUUGGAGUAGAAAAUGUGGUUCAACUCUUUACCUGUGCCCUUUUGGAGUUUCAGAUACUGCUUUAUUCACAGCAUUAUCAGAGGCUGAUGACAGUGGCAGAGACCAUCACAGCACUAAUGUUUCCAUUUCAGUGGCAGCAUGUGUAUGUUCCUAUCCUUCCAGCAUCCCUCCUUCAUUUUCUAGAUGCUCCUGUCCCUUACCUCAUGGGCUUGCACUCUAAUGGACUGGAUGAUAGGUCUAAGCUGGAACUUCCUCAAGAGGCUAACCUGUGCUUUGUGGAUGUAGACAACCAUUUCAUCGAGCUGCCAGAAGAUCUACCCCAGUUUCCAAAUAAACUUGAGUUCAUUCAGGAAAUUUCAGAGAUACUGAUGGCUUUUGGAAUUCCACCUGAGGGAAACCUGCACUGCAGUGAAAGUGCCUCCAAGAUGAAGAGCCUCAGAGCAUGUGACCUGGUUUCUGAUAAACGAAAUGGGAACAUAGCAGGAUCACCUCUGAAUUCCUAUGAGCUGCUAAAGGAAAAUGAGACUAUUGCAAGACUCCAAGCACUUGUUAAAAGAACAGGUGUGAGUCUGGAAAAGCUGGAGGUACGAGAAGAGACCAGUAGCAAAAAGGAUCUUAAAAUUCAAUGUGAUGAAGAAGAAUUCAAGAUUUACCAGCUGAACAUUCAGAUUCGGGAAGUUUUUGCCAACCGCUUCACACAAAUGUUUGCAGAUUAUGAAGUGUUUGUCAUUCAGCCCAGUCAGGACAAGGAAUCCUGGUUUACAAACAGAGAACAGAUGCAAAACUUUGAUAAAGCUUCUUUCUUGUCUGACCAACCUGAACCUUACUUGCCUUUCCUCUCGAGAUUCCUGGAGACCCAAAUGUUUGCAUCCUUCAUUGACAAUAAGAUUAUGUGCCAUGAUGAAGAUGACAAAGACCCUGUUUUGAGAGUUUUUGAUUCUAGGGUGGAUAAAAUCAGGCUGCUGAACGUCAGGACGCCGACCCUGCGCACAUCUAUGUAUCAGAAGUGCACAACCAUUGAUGAGGCUGAGAAAUCUAUUGAAUUAAGGCUGGCAAAAAUAGAUCACACUGCAGUUCACCCACACUUGCUGGACAUGAAAAUUGGACAAGGGAAAUACGAGCUUGGAUUUUUCCCUAAGCUUCAGUCUGAUGUUUUAUCCACUGGCCCAGCAAGCAACAAGUGGACAAAGAGGAAUGCUCCUGCUCAGUGGAGGCGCAAGGACAGGCAGAAGCAGCACACGGAGCACCUGCGUCUGGACAACGACCAGAGAGAGAAAUACAUCCAAGAAGCCAGGAACCUGGGCAGCACCAUCCGGCAGCCCAAGCUCUCCAACCUCUCUCCAUCAGUAAUUGCACAAACAAACUGGAAGUUUGUAGAAGGCUUGUUGAAGGAAUGUCGAAAUAAGACUAAGAGGAUGUUGGUUGAGAAAAUGGGUCGAGAAGCCGUGGAGCUUGGUCAUGGUGAAGUGAAUAUCACAGGAGUGGAAGAGAACACCCUGAUAGCCAGUCUGUGUGACCUCUUGGAAAGAAUAUGGAGCCACGGCCUGCAAGUCAAACAGGGAAAGUCUGCUUUGUGGUCUCAUCUGUUGCAUUACUUAGAAAACAGACAAAGAAGAACCACAUCAGGCAGCUUCAGUACCUCAGGAAUACUUCUUGAUUCAGAAAGACGAAAGUCUGAUACAAGUCCAGCCAUGUCACCUCUCAGAAUCUCUCUCAUUCAGGAUAUGAGGCAUAUCCAGAACAUAAGUGAGAUCAAAACAGAUGUUGGCAAGGCCAGAGCCUGGGUUCGCCUCUCAAUGGAAAAGAAGUUGCUCUCUAGGCAUCUGAAACAGUUGCUUUCAGAUCAUGAACUCACAAAAAAACUCUACAAGCGUUACGCGUUCCUCCGCUGCGAUGAUGAGAAAGAGCAAUUCUUGUAUCAUCUCCUGUCAUUCAAUGCUGUGGAUUACUUUUGCUUUACCAAUGUUUUCACAACAAUCUUGAUACCAUACCAUAUAUUGAUUGUUCCCAGCAAGAAACUCGGCGGCUCAAUGUUCACAGCCAAUCCUUGGAUCUGUAUUUCGGGGGAACUAGGUGAAACAGGAGUCCUGCAGAUUCCCAGGAACUUAUUAGAAAUGACUUUUGAGUGCCAGAACCUGGGAAAACUGACCACAGUGCAAAUAGGACAUGAUAAUUCAGGGCUGUAUGCCAAGUGGCUUGUGGAAUAUGUUAUGGUCAGAAAUGAAAUAACAGGGCAUACUUACAAGUUUCCCUGUGGAAGGUGGCUUGGGAAGGGAAUGGAUGAUGGCAGCUUAGAGAGGAUCCUGGUAGGAGAGCUGCUGACUUCCCACACGGAGGCUGAUGAGCGGCAGUGCCGAACGCCUCCCCUGCAGCAGUCUCCAAGCAUGAUCAGGAGAUUUGUCACUAUCUCACCAAACAAUAAGCCAAAGUUAAAUACUGGUCAGAUACAAGAAGCUAUUGGUGAAGCUGUUAAUGGUAUUGUCAAGCAUUUCCACAAGCCAGAGAAGGAGAGAGGCAGCCUGACCCUGCUGCUGUGUGGAGAAAGUGGACUUGUUUCAGCUCUGGAGCAAGUGUUCCAGCACGGGUUUAAAUCACCGAGACUCUUCAAGAACGUCUUCAUUUGGGAUUUUUUAGAAAAAGCACAAACAUACUAUGAGACCCUUGAGCAGAACGAGAUGGUCCCAGAGGAGAACUGGCAGACAAGGGCCAGGAAUUUCUGUCGCUUUAUCACUGCUAUCAACAACACCCCUAGGAACAUUGGGAAGGAUGGCAAGUUUCAGAUGCUGGUGUGUCUUGGAGCCAGAGACCACCUUUUGCACCACUGGAUCGCCCUGCUUGCAGACUGCCCCAUUACAGCCCAGAUGUAUGAGGACAUAGCCCUGAUUAAGGAUCACACGCUGGUGAAUUCUUUGAUUCGGGUGCUGCAGACCUUGCAGGAGUUCAACAUCACCCUGGAGGCAUCUCUUGUCAAAGGAAUCGACAUCUGACCUCCUGUCCCACAGGAAAAACUGUUGUUAAAAACACAGAGAAAAGCAACAAGGAGUGGAUCUCGUUAGUAUGCAGAAGUUCUGUCUUGCCAGUACAUUGUAUCGUGAACAUGUUCAUGGCCCAGAAAUGCAACUUUGACUUUUCUUGAAGGAAACUCCAGAAAUAGUACAGGCAAAUGGAUAGAAGCUGUAAACUCAAUGUAAAAAAGAGGAUUUUGGUAUAAAUCUAUUUUAGAGUUUAUUUGCUGAUUUGCUUUUUACACACUUUCAUGUGAAAGAGAUAGAGAUGAGUAUUGUGCAGCUUAUUUUAAAGCUGCAGUAUUUCCUUGCCAUAGAAAAAGUGCAGUGAGCCUUUCAGCAUUCUGUGAACUUGCCUUCAGAUAUGCUGUAUGUCAUAGAUCCCAGUGUAUACACUCCAUUUCUGCUGAGAAGGUCAUUCUAUAGUUUUUAAACUAAUAUUUUAUAUAUUAACAUUAUUACCAAUGUUUGAUUUUUAAGGUGUUGGGUCAUGUUCUGCUGCAAGGGAACUACAGAUCUGAUCUGUGCUUUUAAUAGCUCCAAAGCACUGAUUUGUCAACAAUAUUUUUUUCCUUUAUUUUUGUUGUCAGUAUUAUUUUUAGUGAAAUCCAGGAGACUGAACCGUGAAAUGUCCAGAGAUCAAAGUAAUAUUUUUCAUAUUGGUACGCAAUUGCACAGAAGAAGAAAUUAAGUCUGUUUUUUAACUGAUGUUUUUCUAUUUAUUUAACCUAUCAUUGUGUUUUGUAAGUUUGUCUUUAAAAAAAAAAUCUUCUAUGAUACAACUGGCUAUAUUAUGUUGCAAUUCAGAAUUUACAGUGUAGCCCACUUAAAUGAAAAACCUGGAGUAAAUGUUCAUAACACAAGAACGUUUCCACUUAAACCAGCCUUUUGAAGCUUGGUAUAUGAUUGCUGCUGGUAAUUCUCUUAACUGCUAAUAAAGAGGGACAUGAGUUCCCCAGAUGCCAGAUGACUAAAUAAAAACCUCUAUGCCCCAUCUGAAGUAAUAACAGUAUACCUUACUAACAAGUAUAAGGAUUUCUUUUCUGAAAAGACAGUGGUAUUAAGGUUUUUUCUUUUCCUUUUGAGUGCAUAUGUCUUGGAUCCUGUUGUCACAGUCUGCUUCAUUUGGGAUGCUUUUGUUUUUAGCAAAGAAAGUUUAGUCCAUUUCUGCUAUGAAACACAAACAUUUUGAAAGCUUAAUUUAUUGGAGAUCUGGAACUUGGCAAACGCCUAAAGGCAUCUCUGUUCAUUUGAGUCCUCUGAUAAAAAUCUCUUUGAAAUGAAUAUGUGACUUAAGAACAGGCUGAUUUAUCAGCAUCACAAAUUACUGUACAGAAGUUCAGGGCUGUGUAUUUAAGAGGUCUCCACUGUAUAAACUUAUCUCAGUAUUGUCUCUCUUUGGGGAAGCAGAGUCCAAGUUUUUUGGUUCAUACAAUGUUGUAGCACUUUUACUUUACCUACAGCUUAGUCACAUCUUGUGAUAGUUUUAUUUCCAUAAUUUAUGAGUAUAGCACAUGUAUUAAAUUUUUGACUAUUUUUACUUUUGUCCUAUUUAUUUCAUUAUUAAACUGAGAAGUUCCUUUGUCACUACUUAUCAGAGCAAGAUUCUUCUUUGAUUUCACAGUAGCAUUAGGAAGAUGUGAGAGCAAUGUCUGAGCCACUCCUCACAUGGGGGGGGUGCAAAUUCUUUCACAGCUUACAGGAGUAUUCUCUCUGUGUGUAGGGUUGGUUUUGUUGGUUUUUUUUGGGUUUUUUUUAAUUUUUUUUUUAUUUUUUUAUUCCCACUUUGGAAAGGAAAAAAUGAAGAAAACCGUUUUACUGCAUUCUAAGAAUUUCAUAUAUUCAACUUUAUGUUAGGAUGGUCUUUUUACACCUGCCCUAAAUUGUUUAUGCAUUAAUAAUAGCAAAACAAAAACUGGUUGGUUUUUUUUUUGUUCAUUUGUUUUCUGUUGUUGUUUUUGUUUCAGCUGUAUUGAAAAUGACUUUACUCUGCAUGUGUAUUUCACAGAGAAUAUUAAGUAAGAAAGAAAGGUUCCAUAUUUUGACCUUGAGAGAUGAGUUGAUCCUGUUAAAAGCAUAUAUCUCAUAGUAUUAAGGGUGGAUUAAUUUUAUAUUGCAUGAGGUAAUUACCCUGAACUAAGAUUCUUUUUUUGUCUUUUCUUUUUUUCCUUCCUUACACAAGUUUCCCUAGUGAGACAUGAUACCACUGGCCUGAAGGCUGUUUUGGUGUGGAUUGUUUUGCCUUCAUUAGGACAGUUUGAGGUACCUGGGAUGGGCAGAGGCUGGGAUUUGGUGAUUGCCAGGGGUGGGCUCCUUGGCUGUCCCAUGGGGAUGAUGCUGCCCAUCGGUGAGAGCACCCUGAGUGCUGGCUGUCCUGUGCAAAAGGAGCACACAGAGAUCCUCUUCCAGCUCCUAGGUUACUUUAUUCUCACAGGAAAAGCCAGUUUGAGAUAGACCUUCCUCUUCCUCUCACAGGGGGCCUAUGCUUGAUCCUGUUGGGGUUCAAAGCACUUUGUGCUGUGCACUUCCAAGUCUGCAGGGAUUUGCUGCACUGAUGGAGCGGUAGAAGGUUCUGAGAUGCAGCAGAAAAAAAGCUGGUUUUGUUAGCUCCAAAGGCAACCAAGGAAGAGCAAGAUACUAAAUACAGCCAGUGCCAGGAUUUUGGGAAGAGAUUUAGCUGGCAUGUGUAAGAGCAGCCCAGGCUGUAGGAGCAGCCACAAUCCCACCACUCUGCAGGGUUCACCUCAAACCCACCCACUUCUCUCAUAGCUGUUCCUAGCAGCAGCCCCACAGGAUAAGGUGAGGAUCCAGCAUUUGCCCUUGCCAUGCCACUGCUGAACUUCACCGGAACAAACAGUGUAGUCAGCACCUUUUAUCCAGAGCUUUGUAAAAUCCUUCUCCCUUUGUUCAGAGUAAUGCAGUUUGAACUUUUUUUCAUGUUACUUUUCCAAAAUAAGGGGGCAGGUUUGGUAGGUACAGUUAGCGUGGCUGUGCUGUUCUGUUCAGUGGGCAUUUUUUGGUAACUGUUAGUGAGAAAAGAUAAUCUUUUUAACAACGCACAUUCAUUCUAAAGAGAGAAAUGCAGUGAUAAAAAAGUAAGCAGCUCAUCAUGGAGUAAAUACAUAGUGCUAAACUAGCCAAAUAUGUUUACAGGCUCAUACCUGAUUGAGAGGAAAAAUUAGGCUAUCACUUAUCAAUUAUUUAGGCUUCUUUGGUUAAUGCUACAAUGAUACUUUAUACAAAAAGAAAAUGCAAAUUAAUAAAGUUUGGUUUAAAUGUAAUUAAAUACUAUGAUGGUAAGUUUAUACAAAAGGGAAAAAAAACCCACCUUUACCUGCCAUAAACUUUAACCACCUGAUAUUCUGUAGCUGAAAACAUAUUCAUGAACUGGAGACUAUUCCACAACUUUUUCCAUUACAAAGAGUAUUUUUCAAACUGCUCAAAUGGAACUUACUAGCUGGAUGACCCAUACUUUUUAUGUGUUUUAAAUUCAUGAAUAUGUUAAGAUUUCUGCAGUGAAACUAUUCAGAUUUUAACAUUUUCUGUAUAUUGUCAAAUGAAUUUUGUCUGUAGUGAAGAGACUAUAGGAUACUUGAAAAUACUUGAAGAAAUUGUACACAUACUUCACAUCUUUGUAGCUCUUUAUUUUAUACCUAGAGAUUGGUGUUAAACUAAGAUAAAGCAUCAAUACCUUAUAAACUAUAUAUUUUACUACAUGGGGAAAUCACUGGCUUGUUAUUUUUAAGGGCCGUGUUGAAGUUUACAUUAUGACAAAACCAGGUACUGUUUUCCUUUUUUUUUUUUAAUUUUUCCUGUGACAUUUCAAUCCAUUGGACAUUAAAUGUGAAUUGGAUAUACAAAGAGGUUUUACAGGUGUAGCUCAUUUGCUGAAUUGCAAUAAAAUUUGUCUUCUAACAUGAAAAAA